ACUAUCACAUGAAUCUGGACUCAACACUGGAUGUGAAAAAAGUUUGGAGGUCUCGCUCAACUCUCUUCUCUCUAAGCCAGAUUCAUUUAUGUGUUUUUAAUUUCACCACCAGAGGCUUUUUUGCAUCGGAAAUCAGCGUCCACCAGAGUGAUUUUCUCUCUCGGCUGAUCAUUUUCCAGUUGUAUUUUCCCCUCUGCAGGACUACAGAGUUGAAGAGAGGGAGAGGAGGGGGGGACAGUCUGGCUGCUUGAAGGUAUGUGGGAGGCAUGUAACGUGUUGUGCACUUCUCACAUUGAUUUUAGUCUUCGUCUCGGGCUUAAAACCACACUCUUUCGACUUCUUUACGUGGACGUUGCGUUUCUGUUUACAGCAAAUUAACUUCCGAGCGGUAACAACUCAAAACAGACGCACAAGGACACAAAAGUUCAAAUGGGGUGGGGGGGUGGGGAGUGGGGUUGAGAAGUGUAAACAAAUCCGAUCAUAACUCCAGACGCAUCAAGUCUGAACAGGCCUCGCGUUUAUUCUUUCUCCCCGUGUGUGUCUUUUCCCCGUUUGUUUGUUUGUUUGUGUGAUUGAACUUUUUUUCUUCAGAUUUGUUGCGACACUAAACUUUGGCGACAUGGACGCGCACCGCGGCGGCGCGCCUCCGGCCGGGCAGCAGAUCGUGCACGUCCGCGGGGACUCGCAGACAGAGCUGGAGGCCCUGUUCAGCGCCGUGAUGAACCCCAGCAAGUCGGCCAGACAGCCGGCCUCUCUGCCCAUGAGAAUGAGGAAGCUGCCGGACUCCUUCUUCAGGCAGCCGGACUCCCGGGGACACUCCAGACAAGUACUUCCUCUGACCCUCAUGUGUCCUGAUACAAACUACUUAUUGUACAGCUGCCCUCACAUAGGCUUCACAUUAAGAGACCAUAAAAUAUGAAGAGGCUAACAAUACUAUUUUUUAAAAUAGAAGUUAACUUUCUCUAGAUUUUUGUCCAUCUCUACCUGUUGGAAACUAGAAACUACAAACACUGAUCCAAAAUAAUGAAAAUAAUGACAGUAUCCACUUUUAAUGAAACUGCAGAUUAUUUCUAUAGUUGGAAAAAGUAUUUGUUUACCACACAAGUGUAAGAGAAAUGUACGAAGAAAGGGGUUGUCCCCCUAAAACAUAAGGUAAUGUCAUAAAACAUUUUGAAUUUAACUAAAAGCUCAAAUAUUCCAGCUGUAUUACAGUCUUUUGAUCGAAAACAUGAAUAAUUCCUCAUUUGUGAUUUUGUUUUUUUCGUCUGUGACUGCUAUCAGGAAGGCACUUGUUAGACUUGUUUAAACAUUAUUCAGUCUGUAAUACGAGAAAAGAAGUUGUCAGGUAAAGCAGAUUGACAGAACAAAACUACUCACAAAAGUUGGCACUUCAUUAACUUUGUUGAGGAUGGGUAAGAUCCCUCCAUCUGAAGCUAAAUUAAAUACUGUCAUACUUUUAUAAAGGCAUGUAAAUCGAGAGUUUACUCAAAAAAAUCAGCCCUGUAGGAUAAUACUAGCUCAAGGUAGUCUCUAACAGUUAUACGAACAAUAUAUAUAAUAUAUUGCUACAUUGCUUCAUUGCUGUACAAUGUACAUAGCAUUGUACAUAGCCGUUCAUCGACUAUGGCAAUAAAACCCCUUCUGAGUUCUGAGUAUAAAGUAGAUAUCACUUUCAUUUUGGAGAAACUCUAAUGCACAUUACUUAGUAACGUUUUGUAAAAUAAUCAAGAGGAUUACCAAUACCAGAAAUAAUUGACUGUUAAUAAUCUUUGUCUCCAGCGUAAGUUUAAGUGUCCACUUGUUAGGCUUUUGCCUGAUCUCUGAUUAUGAUUAUGCUAAUUCUUUUUUUUUAAUUUUAGAUUCACUUUUUAUUUAAAAGGAACUUAGAUUCCUUACAUGCACAAAACAUCUCUUGUGACUGUUAAAAUGUUGCAAAAUUCAUUACAAGUAUUCACAUCACAUUUCGAUGAUUCCUUCCACAUUGAUCCUGGAUGUUUAACUGAAGAAAGUCUCAAUGUCUUAACCCAUGGUGCCUCUCAAUUUUUUCUCUCAUCGUUAUAACACAUAUCACAAAAACAAAAACUGAACCUAACAGGGAGCCCACACAGACAUCAUUAAAGGUUAAAGGUAUCUUAGUUUUCAAAGAGAAAAAAAAGGGUUCAUCACAAAUUUAGACAAAAUCUGAUCUUACAGGCUUCACAUACUCCGUCCAUUUAGACCACACUUGAUAAAAUUUUUCUCUUCGUAAUUUGAGGGAAAAUGAAAAUUUUUUCAUAAUAUAAAUCUCAUGUGUAACAUCCAUUCAGUCCUCAAUGGUCGGUGGGUCUGCCUUAAACCAUUUUCUUGUGAUAGAUUUUUUACAAGCUGCCAGUAAAAUACUCAGAAGUUUCCUGUCACUGAAAUUCAAACUCUCAUAUUGUAUAUCACAUAAGUACAUUGAUUCAAAAUUGAAUACGACGCUUGUACCAAAAAAAUUCUCAAUAUGUUCAUAAAUCUCCUCCCAGUAUUUUUUAAUAAUCUGGCAGUCCCAGAAAAUAUGAAAUUGAUUGGCUUCCUUGGUCCCACAAAGCCUCCAGCAAACAUCACCACUUCCCUGAUAUCUUUUCUGAACUGGUUUAAAAAAGAAACGUGCAGUGUUCUGUUCAGGGCUUUUGAUUCGUGCGCCUUUUCUGAUACAUCUAUGUUUGUCUGGUACAUUGUUUCGUCAUCGAGCAGUUCUUGAUUAACUGAGCAUCUGUUACUCAGGCAGCAACUAUCCAAAUGCCAAAAAGUGACACACCUCACUGUUUUUCUAAUCAUGAUACAUUUUAAACCGUCUAAACUGCAAGAUUACUCAUGAUGGGAGGUUGUGGGAAAAUCUUAAGAAUAACAAAAAGGAACAACAGUUACAAGACGGCCUUUUACCGACUCUGUUAGCACAGAGUUAACACAGAGUUUCUUUUUAGAUGUAGAAAAGAGAUAGAUGUAACUCUUCAAUUAAAUCUAGAGCACCCUUUUUUCACUUUUGAUCUACUGGAGGGGCUUUCAAUCUUGCCGACAGCAUCAAUCUACUUUGUUGUGAAUUAUAAACCUGUCUUUAAGCUCAUGUUUCUAUUUUGCUUUCCAUCUAAAUCUUUUCUUUCUCUCCUGAUUCAUGUUCCUUAUUGUUGAUUGUGUCAGUCAUCAGAGCCCUGUUUGUUUCUCGUCAGGCCAGUUCAGAUGGAGGUGUGUGCGGCUCCCUCACUCCCCAUCAUGUCCGCGCCCAUUCCUCCCCUGCCUCCCUCCCGGUGAACUCCCUCUCCACUCAAGCAGCUGAUGUAGCAGCAACACCAAUCAUACCUGAUGAUGUGCCACUCCCCCACGGUUGGGAAAUGGCCAAAACGCCUACUGGCCAACGUUACUUCCUCAAGUAAGGCUGAACCUUUAUCACUCUGCAGGUUACUUGGAGAGUUCAGUCUUAAAGUACUCAUCUUUUUCUGAAAUGACCCUUCUAAUCAGAUAAUAUCAUCUAUACUAGAGGAAAAUAGAGGAGAGAGACAUGCAGUGCUGCAGAGAUUACCAGGACUCAGACUUGUCAGCUGCAAUAAAACAGAAUUUGUUUUAACUAGUUUUGCAGUCAGUCGGUUUAAAUCAUAAAAACACAUGGCCUGACAGCUCACUCACCUGUCAAAGGCUACCGUAGUUCGUCUGAGUGAGCGUGUAGACGCACACGCACAUCAGGUUGUACAGGUACAGCAGGUCUAGAGCGAAACGUGCCCUGCGCCUCUUAUCUAUCAGGUUGUAUUGGUUAAACAGACACAGAUAUGUUUGGACUUGUGUGUUUGCAGUCACCUGGAAAAGACAACAACUUGGCAUGACCCCCGACUCGCGCAGCUCCAGUCUGCCGCGGCUCAGCUUCCAAUCGCCGGCACUCCGAUCCACGCCCACUCCCUCAGCAACCCAGCACCUACUACACAACCACAAAACAUCAAUCAAGACACAGGUAUCACUCUGCCCCCCUCUGAACAUCCAGUUUAUCUCUUCAAGACAGGACCUGCUUUUCAUGCUUGAACUAAUUUGACAACUAAGACGAGGUCUCUUGCUGGGUGCGUGUCUUCUUUGGGAUUCCCUCUUUAUGUCAGUGUCCAUCACCCCACCAACUCUUGUGCUGCGAGGAAUUAACUGUAAUAAAUUAGACUUUAGAUUGGCUUAUGAUGGAAAAACCUGAAGAUUGAGAGAAAUGAAUUGUUAAAAAUCCUGUUAGAAGAAAUUCAAACAUUUAAGAUACAAAAUUUUGAAAAUGUAAGAAGUUUCCUGACUUGUAUUGUUUUUAAUUUAAGAACUGUUAGUCCACCCAUUAAAAACACUUACUUGAUUCUAGUAUUUGUUUGUUUUUUAGUGGUGGGUAGAUGCAAAAAUAAAAUGAGGAUGCAGGCAUGUGAGAUGAUACUACAGAUGAGGUCUCCUGUUGGACUUUUUCAGCCUCUUAAGGGGCAGGUUUGAAGUUUUGGGCUUACAGUAGAAGCAUGUAUACAUGAAAGUGAUGUGUAUUUAUCAUUUUAGAGACAGAAUCACCAAAAACUGUGAACCUUCAAUUUAUGUCAAAUGUAUCAUAAGAGACUCAACUCAUUGAUUGGCCAACCUUCACCUCCAUUGACUCAUUGGUAAUGUCUAUGUCAACCCUUAGUAGUUGUCUGAGGUGUGAAAUUACGGUGAUUGAUCAAAUUCACUAGUUGACUAUUUCCUCUGAUCUGACUUCCAUGGUACACAGUUAAAAUGCAAAAAAAAGGCGAUCAAAAUCAAAGAUUACAAGACGCUUGAAACAAAGCUAAUGCUACUGUUUGCUAGGGAAAGACUUUCCUUCAUAGUUUGGUUAGUUUAGUUAGUUUAGUUUAGUUUAGUUUUAUUAAACAGAGCUGUGUACAUUUUAGCCUAGUAGUAAUGCUAGCUAGGAGGCUAGUGGAUGCAUUAGCUGAUUCCUAAAGGUAGCUAAUGUGUUAGCAAAUGAGUUCUUGCACUGUUAUCCUUUCAGUAAAAGCAGCUGGGCGUUUUGCUUUUCAUGUUAUAGAGUCUUAACACUAUUAGCCAGGGAAUUGUAAAAGGCUAACGUUAGCUUUUGUCCAACUGUUCCUUACAUGAACUAAAAUAUGUUGCUAGACCUAAAACAUAACCUAUUAUCCUCCCCUCUUUUUUCACCAAUCCCUGCCUUUUCAGCUGUUUUGAUUAUAAAAGUGAAAUCAUACUAUCAUGUUUUGCGCAUGUAAACAAUGCACAGCUUGCAACGCAGCAAAACAACAUUAUUAAUUCAUUUGAGAGAAAAGGGAAAGUGGCUUCAGUGUGAAUUUAUGAUGAUGCUUUUGGUGUAACUCUGGGUUAUAUACAAACAGACCCCAAGAAAAUUUUGUCAAGAGAAAUAAAUGUUGAUUUUUUUUUAUGUUGUAACAGAUCCCUAAAGAACAUACUUCUUUUUAUCAAAAGCAGUGCAUAUUACUUGCAUACUUUAAACUAACUAGCUGAAGUGUUUUAUGAUCACCCACUGAAUUCCAGAGAUAUAUGCAAAGGUUCAUAAUAUUUCAUCCUGCAGACUUUACUAUACCCUAGCUAUUUACCCACUAACUUUCACUUCUACUUCUAUAACUCUACAAACUAGAAACUACACAGACAUUUAAGGACGUGGGCCAGGUCUACUUUUAACUCUCCAUGCACUCCAUCCACCAUUUGCCUUCUCACUGUGUACUUUCACUGCUGUUCAGGUCCACUGCCUGAAGGCUGGGAGCAGGCUGUGACUGCAGAAGGAGAGGUGUACUACAUCGAUCACAUAAAUAAGACCACCUCAUGGGUCGACCCGUGUCUAGGUAGCAAACCAUCAAAUUUGUGUCUCCUGAGUUGACAAUUCUUGUUCGUCAAUAAGAAAAUAUUUUGUUCCAAUGUCCACCAUCAAAAGUUGCUUUUUGGCAAAAGAAUUUAGAAAGAUCGCAAAGUUCUGACUACAUGUUCCUUGUAUGUGUCAUGGCAGAAAUGCUUGACUCCAGUGGACUUACUGACUGUCCUGUCAAAAAGUUCUCCUCCUAUGAAUUUUAUGUUUCAGUUCAGAAGAUGAACCCUGGUCUCCUCGGACUGGCACUGCAGCAAAGGCAGGAAAAGGAAAGACUCAGAAUCAAACAACAAGGCCUCCCUCCACAAAUACCACCACAGGUCAGACACUGACUAAAGUGAACCUUGGUGAACUUAUAAUAAAGGUGUUUCUAGUGUUGUUUUGUUGUAACAUGUGAAGUAUUGAGAUUGGAUUUGACAGAAAUAUAAAUGUUUGUGUUACAGGAUGCAGGAGGAAGGAACCAGAUGCAUGGUGGGAUGGACCAUGACAGGAACACACAGACGCUUGUCCCAUCUCUGGAUGUGAGGAUCAGAUCCUCGAACCAUGAACCCACUCUGAAUGGGUGAGUAACUAUCAUUAUUUAAACUAUUAUUUAAGUAAAAUCAGCUAAAGAUAUCCAUAAAUCAUAUGGAAAGAGCUUCAUUUCUUGAGUUUUUGCGCAAAAAUCUACUCAAAAAGAGGUUAAAAAUGUACAGUCAUGCAUUGUGCUGCCACUACUACUCAGUUGAAAUUAUUCAGUCCCUUUUGUGCAGCUUAAAGUGUUGAGAAGUGACAUUUUACAACUCAGCAACAGUGAGUCUCUCCAGGCAAAAUCUCAAAGCUUCCCUGAACAAUAACUCCUUUUCACUGCCAUCAGUUUUCAUGAAAUGCAUUUCUGUGUAGUUCAAAAAUGGCUUCAGGAGGAAAUGCUGCAUAUGUAACACCCAUAAAGGUUCAUUGUAAGUUCAGCUGAUAUUUGUCCAUAGUAGAUUGUAAUCAUAUAUGAAGGAAUGUUUUUUUUUUUCAUAUUUGUUCUUGUUCAGCGCUCACUCUCGCAACGAGAGCACCGACAGUGGACUGAGCGUCAGCAGCUUACCCCGGACGUCUGACCACAUGUUGAGCUCUGUGGAUCAUAUGGACACCGGUAAUACCGCACACACACUAACACAAAAACACACACACCAAAGUCAAGGUAGUCUAUGUAAAAUAACUUCAGUUUUACCACAAUAAAAAUGAUGAACACUGUGCACAGACGCGACCUUUAUUGAUCAAAAUCUACUUUGAGGUAAAUAGGAUGCUGUUUAUUUUGUGAGCAUAGAGCUUAAAACACAUAGUUGACUUAGCCUGGCCUAAAUGCAUCUUAUUAACAUUAUAUUGGUAUAUCUGAUAUGUAUCUACAUUGUUUAUUAUAGAACCAAGAACCGUUGUAUGAUCCUCUUAUUGAUGGUGAACACAGUCUUUGCACUCCCAGCUAUUGUCUUUAAAUCUGCUUGAAAUAUAUGGAAACGCUUUAUGAAUGUGAGUCAGUGAUAAUGCUAGCAAUAACAGAAGAAGGAGCUGCAGAAAAGUUAAUUAUUUAUACAAAGUCAUGCACUAUAGAUCACAGCCUUAAGCGGCAGCUACCUUGGAUGGCAAAAAGUUUACAAGUAGGAUCCAAGUGAGGUCUCAGUUAUUAUUAUGAAUUCAUCUCUUAUUGGUGCACUUCUUUAGCUUACAAUGUUUUUGUACAUUCACAGGCUGAUUCAUAUAAGGGUUUUGCUGCUUAAUCUGUGCAAAUGAGACAGAGAGAUAUCACAAAAUGCUUGCAAAAGGGUGAAAUACAACUCUGAACUGUGCUGCAAAAGUUGUAGCAUUUGUCCAAAUAUGCUGUUUGCACUUAUUGAAAUGAGCCAUGCAUUCAGUUCUGCAAAACUGCUGCCUUGUUUAGCAAGUAGACCUCAAUGCAUAAAAGGUCUAAAUCUCAAACACAAGUGCUUACAGUUACACACAGUAUGAGUGGAAUUUUUACCCUCUGCUGGAGGUUCCUACUAACUGCACCUCACUAUCUAUAAGGGAUCAUCUAUUUAAACUCUCUGUGAUAAGAAGAUUUCUACCUCUGAAUUACCUAGAAAGAAUAGAUCUUUACACAGUGUAUUCAUAUUUCCUUGACCUGGCUAUUAUGGUUGUAAGCAGAACUUAAAUAAUUCAGGCAUCUUCUGUCAAAGAUUCCAAUCCAGUACACACAAAAAAGCCUUGUUGUGAAAGGUGAAAUUUCAAAUCUGCCAUCUAUUAGCUGGACAAUAAAUCAGUAUAGUUUGGACAUAUGAUGUGCAUGUCUUUGUGCUAUUGGUGGCCAAAAUCUACUCUCAGUUACCCUGUGAUUUCCACUUUCUAACUAUUUUCCUUUUCUUCUUUAACUUCUCCAGGUGACUCCGGUGAAACCUCCAUGACCUUACAGGAGUCGAUGCCUGUGCUCCCGAUGACCGAGGGCGAAGAGCUGAUGCCCUGCAUCCCCGAGGGUCUCAGUUCAGACCUUCUGAUGGACAUGGAAACUGUUCUCUCUGGGUCACACAUGGACAGAGACAGCCUGCUCACCUGGCUAUAGACAGCACCCAGACAAAUCUGCAUAACGAGACUGAGAAAUCUGAAGGAGUAUUGGCUUCCUACGUGGUACAGAACAACACUACCAAUAGAAUACUGUUGUGUGAUGGAGAUCUAACAACGCUAUUCGCAGCAGGAGGAAAGACAAAACCUGGCUCACAUGGAGGGUGGUAAGCUCCUGGUAUUCUCCUCUUCUUUGGCCUUAUUUUACAGUGAUGCAUGACGGACCAUCCGAUUUUACAUUACUCCUUUUAGUCAUGCACCUCAGACUGCUCAACAUCUUUUUGGUAAAAUGCUUUACGUGUCAUUUUAAAGUGCAAAUUUGUAUUAUUUUCUCACUGGGGUUACACUUUAAAAAGUUGUGUUAAGUCAAGAAAGUGUGCAGUUAUGCCAAGAAUAGACACAAUCCUUACCCACAAGAUACUAAUGAAUGACAGAAAAUACACAGCCUGUGGGGCGGAAGGCCAACAUGUAGUGCUUUGACAUUUAAAAAGCCUGUGACUUUUGGCUUGAACUCAAGAUAGAUGGUUGUCCAAAGUAUGUGCUUCGGAGGUUUCUGUGACACUAAAAGAUGAAUGAAAUAGUUUACCUGGAUAUACACUACACUGCAUCAUGUUAUGUCUCAGAGCUGACACUACUGCUGCUACAGACCAGCAGGGGCAAAGGAUGCACUCAGAGGAAGAUGAAGAACACUAAAAGGAGAUGUAUUUACUCUCAAACAUUGGGACGCUAUAUUUUAAAAUGUUCAUAAGCCAAAAACAGUAUUAAAACACACAUGCUAACAACCAGGAUUUACAAAUGUGUGCUUUUUGAAGAAUGGAGCGGAAGAAGAAAAGCUGUAUCUUAAGUAACCGUGACAACCUGAACCCUAAAACAUCUCAACCCUUCAGGUUCAGAGAAAUAAAGACCACAGGCGUGUCCCUCUGUAGCUUAAACUAAUGGCACUAAAACCACAGUGUGGUGUGGGUUCAGUGUCUCUCUUUACAGAAAUGAGCACUGGAGUUCCCAAAGAAUGUCUACAGGAAAUGAGGACAUGUCCAGAGUGAUGCAGUCCAACACAAUUCAGGAUUUCCUCCAGGAAACUAAAACCCUCACGCAUGUGGUCUGACACACAAGCUUCACUACGUAUACACAGGGAUGUACAAAAUAGCAUCAUCUGUUUCUCUGUGGUUAGUUUGAUUUCAGGAGUGUAUUAUUUUUUCAGAAUAUUGGCCCAUCUCUGUGUUCAAACUAAAAUAACAUUAUUUCAUAAGUUCAGUUUUUUUUUUUUAACUUAGUUCACAUUGUUGUGUUUGAAUGUAUUUUAUUGUGAAAGUUCCUGUCUUUUGAUCCACUCCAGCAUUGAUUCUGAGCUUCACAGGAGUAGUGUUACUUGAGGAUUGGUAGUAUUGGUUGGUGUUGUUCUUCAACUUAAACAUCAUCGUCCACUUGUCAAAGCUUGUUUUUUCCCCCUUUGUGUGUGCAGUGGAGAUGUACUCGGCUCUAAAGUGGCUUCUCAAACACUAAUCAGAAGUAUUCAAUUAAUCAGCCAGAGACUUUGGGAUGAAAUGGUUUUAUUCCUUUUCCUAGCUUUACCAUUAGCUUAUAGACAUUCCUGAUGUUUAUUUUCUCUUUUAUUCAGUUACCUGCACAAGAGACACACAGCUGAGUUCCUGAGUUUUAGUCCUGUCACAACAAAUGGUCUGCACUUCAUACUUUCACUGACUGUAUUUUGAGGACAGUUUUACAAAUUCAGAUUUUCACACAAGCUUUCUUUUCCUAAAAAGCCUCUGUUGCUCUCUGUUGAUGUUCUAAAAUCAGUCAGAAGACUCAUAAAACAUGUUUAAGUUAUUGGUCAGUGACCUAUAAAACAAAACAAAUCUGCUUAAUAGAUCACACUGUCCUCAUAUUUUUCUUAAAACAUAAUUUAAAAAAUAUCUCUCCUUACUGAUAUCAAAAUUAUAGGAGUAAUCAAAAUAAAAGGAGCGUGAAUUUUACAAACAUUUUACUGUCACCAACAAUAAAAUCCUUAAUUUAACUGUUGAUGGAUAAAAGGCUUUAAAUCCUUUUUCAGUCCAGAGUAUUUUACACCAAAUUCAAAAGUCACUUGAUCCAUAUCUUUCUAUGGUGUGACAUUAUAAAUAACUGAAACUGAUUAUAGAUUGUAUCAAGUACCAAUAUUUCGUAUAGAUGUAUGUACAUGACUGGAUUUGAUGUGGUGGUCAGCAAACAUAAUAAGUCAUUGAAAACUUCUAAAUUAGAACAGCAAAAUGUCCAGCGGUUAUGAAAAGUCUAUGAGAUCACUUUUUUUUAAAAACAUGCCAAAACAUGAAAAUAUGUGCCAAUGAAGUGUUUUAAUUCACUACCACUCCACAGAGUUUAAAUUUCCCCUGUCCUUGGCUUCAGUUUUCCACUCUUGACCAGUUGGUUUUUAAUGGGACAGAGGAAAACGUGCUUUUGAAAGUGACCAUUUAAUGUACUAGACCUAACUUGAGUCUCCUUAGAAAUGCAACAAACUAACUGCGGAUGCGGUGUUUCGAUGUAUUUUGCCCUAUCUGCGAGUUUUAAGUGGUGAUGUAACACAAAAGCAAUCAUUCAUCAGGGGAGCCCUUCAGUUCUUCUCUAAUAGUUAAACCAUAUAAUGAGUAUAUAACCUGUAUUUUUUUUCUGCUGGGUUGUUUCUGCAGUGUGUGUUUUAAAGUUGUAUGAAUUUGAAGCUGUUGAUCAUCGGUGGGUGAUCAUUUUUUAACCAGCUUUCUUUUUAUAUAAACAUAUAUAUUCAUGAAGACUUGCAACAUCAUGAAUAAAUUGUCAAGUGAACUUCUUUAAAUGAAAGUACCAUGGGCCUGUUGCGUCAUAUCGUUCAUACAAAUAAUACAACACACUACCUAGCCUAUUAUUUAUCUUAGCAUGCUUGAGACCUGCAAUGUAUGUUACAUAUAAUAAUGCUAAUUAUCCUAUUUACAGAGAGUUUGGAGGCAAUCAGGCUUGUUUUGUACCUUUUUAUGCAUGUGCUUUAAUAAAUAUGUUUCUUCUCACUCUCACUGUAAUAAUUUUAAAAGGAGUUUGUGAUUAAUAAACUUUCAAAUGCACCACAA